GGCAGCCAACGCCACCAGUCGAGCGUCGCUCUUUGCCCGUGCGACACGGCGCGACCUCACCGAUCGACGCCAGCCUGCCGCCACAGUUCGCGUAACUCGUGCAGUUGACGUCAUACGCAAAAUUCAAACCAACCAUAUUGCAAACCCAUAAUAACGCUACACCCUCAACCAACAAACCAGUCUCCACUCCCCAAAACAUUAUUAUCCACCUGGAAAAAGUAUUCUCCACUGUGAUCCUGAAUCCCCUGAAAAUGAGUUUGCUAUCUCAAUAAUAUUAAAUUAUUAACUCAUAUCAGAUUCUACAUUGAUUUUGUGACUUUAAGAUGUAUGCUUAGAAAAGUUCUGCAGAGAAAAUGAGGAAAAAGCAUCAAUUAUUGUCAAGAAACCCAGGAUUGGGAAUCUUUGACUCAAGAAAUUUUAUUAGUUCCGUGGAGUGAGAUGAACGUGUGAACUACAUUAUAGUUUCUUAAAUUCAUAAAACUCUUAAAAAAAUUAUACAAACUGAGUUACUAGCGGAAACUUUUUGUAGCAGAGAACCUCAAGAACGGAGUUGAUGAAUACCGUUGAAAUAGGAAUAACACAUGCAAGCUGAGAGCUACAAAACGCACCAUUCUACUAGUCAGUUGGAACUGGUGAUAAAUCAUUCAUAAUGGAGUGAAUUUUUCUGUUCAUGCAAAAAAGAAACCUCGUUAAAUUUCCAUUGCAGUUACAUUCUGUUGUUUUCAGUUCUAAUCGUCGGCUAGUGAAAAUUCAACGUCAUUAGUAAUUAUGGAAAUGCAAUCGUGAACAAUGGACUUAUUCCCAUGAAUUCAAAUCAAUAUGCUGAGUGCGCAUGAUAAUGAAGGUUUUUUACUCGGAAAAUUUUUGAGUGGAAUUCGAAUGAGUGGAAAGGGAUUCGAAAAUAGGACAUGUUCCAGUUUGUCUCAGUCGUGAAAACUAUUAGUACUAUCAUUAUGAUAUAAGUAACUGGCUUUUGAAAUAAUGACGAAAUGAAAAUUCCGUAUUUGAUUUUUAUUGGCAUUUUGGGAUGCAAGGCCACUUGAAAACCUCUAAGGUUCAGAAGAAAAUAUUUAUUAUAAUUUUUUAAUUACAUAACAUAUUUCUAAAAAAGUAUGUGAGAAGGGAAAGGCUCGAUUAAACAGUGAUUGCUUCCCAUACUGAUCAGUUCGACUAUGAAAUGAAUCAUACUGGUCAAAGUUGUUGAACUGUUAUGGAAAGUAAAGUUCAAACUAUUUCUUGUGAAUUGCAGGAAACGAAGUGUCUCAAAAGAACUAAAAUGAAAACUAUUGAGAUUUGCCAUCAAAUUCAAUCAAUGUAUUUUUCAGAGUUGUCAUCAUGGUUGGAUGAGGAUGUAAAGGAUGUAGAGGAUGAUUCUAUUGAUUACAUAAUAAAUAAUUGUUGAAGCAUGAAAAAUGAAGUUGGAGAGUCCAUUCAAGUUGAUAGAGCUUACACAGAAUAUUAUUGUUCAGAUGUGUAUCUAUUUUUCACGCUGGAAAGAAUUGAUCGAUUGAUGAAAAAUUAAAUUGUUCUCCACCUGACAGCUACUCCAGUACUGCAGUGAAAACUUGGAAAAAGCUAUUUUUCUCAAACUUCUUUGAACAACUGAGAACUUGAAAUUAAAACUACCGAGAAUAUUUCCAAGCCGAUAGAAUUGCACCUUUGAAUAAACUGCCAGUAAAAUGUGUCAAUAUAUGACAGAAAUUUUGUAAUUAUGUAAUAGUCAUGCGUCGUUCGUAAUUAUAGGAAAUUAUAAAGUCGAGAACUAGUAAAAUCAGAAACUUCAUACUGUAAGGUAGUAAUCUUACUAAUAUUCAGGUGAUUAAUUCAAGAUAAAAAACUAUAAAAUGAGAGUCAAAAAAAGUGGGAAAGGGUAUUAGCCAAUGAUUCUUGCAUCUUACUCAGUAACAGGACAAAACUAAUGAGUAUGAGUAAGAUAUUUACGAAUUUAGUUAAAAGAUAAAUAUUAGAUUGAGUAGAAUAUCAACGGGAACCAGUUGUCAGGAAAAGCUUAACGUUGACGAUAUUAUAAGCAACCAACGAGAAUCAAAUAUUAGGCAUACUGAUGUGUUCAAGCGGUUGGUAUGAAUGAGUUCAAGUAUAAAAUUCUAAGCAGUUAAAAUGCAUUUCCAAUUUGUUAGGCGCGAGAUUAAUGUGUAUUUGAACAGAGGAAUUGUGCUGAGCAGGGUGGUUGGAAAGGGAAAGAGCAGUGGUGAAACGCCGCCUGAACAUGGUGGGGUAUUUGUGAAAUGAACCAGUCGGUCUGCGAUAGCCUGCGCGCGGAGGUGGAGUGGGAGGACCCGCGUCUGCUGUCUGCCCUCGGUGUGCUCAUCCUACUCGACCUCAUGGUCAUCCUGGGCAACCUGCUAGUGGUCGCCGCUGUCUUCAUCUCGUCCAAGCUGCGCUCUGUCACCAACAUGUUCAUCGUCAGCCUGGCUAUUGCCGAUCUCAUGGUCGGAGUCGCUGUCCUGCCCUUCAGCGCCACCUGGGAAGUUUUCAAGGUGUGGAUAUUCGGUGACCUGUGGUGCUCAGUGUGGUUGGCAUUGGACGUGUGGAUGUGCACAGCGUCCAUUCUGAACCUGUGCGCCAUCUCGCUGGACAGAUACGUGGCCGUGACCAGACCAGUCACCUAUCCGAGCAUCAUGUCCAUGGGCAGAGCCAAGAUACUCAUAGCAGCCGUAUGGGUUCUGAGCUUCGUCAUCUGCUUCCCACCUCUAGUUGGAUGGAAGGACAAGGAAAGCGUCACUCCUACGAUCGCGCCCGAAGACCCACCCUGUCCAUGGAUUUGUGAGCUCACCAACGAGACAGGCUACGUUGUCUACUCAGCUAUGGGCUCUUUCUACAUACCAAUGUUUGUGAUGCUUUUUUUCUACUGGAGGAUCUAUAGAGCUGCAGUUCAGACAACUAGAGCGAUAAACCAGGGGUUUAGAACGACGAAAGGGUCAAAAUUGAUGGGCAGCCGGUUUGAUGAGCAGAGACUGACACUGAGAAUCCACCGAGGCCGGGGGUCAGUGAUGCAGGGCAGUAGUGGCAGCAACAGCAAUAGCACAGCCACCACUACCACAAAUAGUGCCGCAAAUAGUGUGACCAAUUCACCUAGAAACUAUAGGCGACCACAUGAGAAAAUAAAAAUUAGUGUUAGUUAUCCUAGCAGUGAUGCAAUAAAUGCGGUUGCCAACCAAAACAGUUCGCCGGGAGGAUCGUUCUCAUCAUCGUCGCCUCCAUCGUGCAGCUCGCAGCCGGGUGCCAGUGGAGGCCUGUAUGCAGUUCACUAUUCGGGAUCGGAGACGAGCACAAUCUUCCGAUCGCGCGAUCACCUGCGCGUGUCAGGGGCGCGACUGGCCGCUCAGCCGCCGCACUCGCACCGCAGGGGACGCCGUGCCAGCAGCAGCCCCGAGUCCUCGUCCAGGCCGCGGCUGCUUGGCGACCCUCUCUCCGUCACGCUUGCCAAGGACUUAUCUCCCUCCCCCACCAACGAGGAAAACCAACCCCCGGGGUCAAAACCGAAACUCAUCUCUAGAAUGGGUAAACGAAAUAUAAAAGCUCAAGUGAAAAGGUUUCGUAUGGAGACCAAAGCUGCCAAGACAUUAGGAAUUAUCGUAGGAGGCUUCAUCUUUUGUUGGCUUCCAUUUUUCACUAUGUACUUGAUACGAGCGUUUUGCAUCGAGUGCAUCAAUUCUGUGUUAUUCUCAGUGAUGUUCUGGCUGGGUUAUUGUAACUCGGCCAUCAAUCCAUGUAUAUAUGCACUGUUUAGUAAAGACUUUAGAUUUGCGUUCAAGAGAAUAAUUUGUAGAUGUUUCUGUGUGAAAGAAGUGCGGCGAAGGAGCUCGAGGUACCACAGGAGGGGCUCGGACGGGUCGCAGAUAGCGGGCGGCGCGAAGGGCGGUCGCUCGGCAUCCUACAACCACGACCCGGCGUCGCAGCCGCCCAAGAACUCGCUGGGCGACGACAGCGAUCCCAACAACGAGCCCUGCUCUGACUCCAGAUGACCCUCGCACAACUCGCGGACCCUGGCCGAUAUGGUCAUUGGCCUCGUCAACUGGUCCAAUGCGCUGCCCGCCACCGCCAAGGUCUGAAGAGUAGGCCUACCUCUACACUGCUUCUGCUACAGCUUUACACGCUUAAUACUGUGUACUAAAUAUGUUUUGCAGCAAACUAUCAUAUUAUUGUAAGAGAUAUAUUUUUCUUUUGAAUGUUUAGCAAUGAGCCUGUCACAUGACAACGUGUUAACUGUAAGUUGUUGUAAUUAGUAUAAGAUUAUUAAUGUAAUGUAAAUUUUCAAUAUGUAACUUGUCCUUAGCUACUAAACAACCAACCUAUCUAUCAAAUCAACUAUACCAGUCUCCCUCCAUCUCAAGUAAAAUAUGAGAAUGAGUAAUUAAUCUUAUUUGAAAAUAUUGAUGUUCAAGGUAUGAAGAGAUAUGCACUUACUAAAAAUAAACCAAACAAUCUAGGAUAUCUGUUAAACCCAAAACUUGGAAUAAAUUAUUUUAUAAAUAUAAUCAUUACUUUGAUCACGAUCAGAAGAGCUCUGAUAAUUCCAUUAAAAUAGAAUAGAAAAAUGGUCAUGGAAUAAGGAACUACAAAUCCACUACAUUCCAAUUUUCUAGACACUUCUCAUCAUUUUACAGCAUUUCAAAAAUUGGUAUAUGCGAUCAUAACAUAAAAUAUAACAAAAUUGAAGUUUGUGAUGCACAUAAAAAUCAAUGUCCAAAAAAUGUCAUAAAUGACCUCUAAAUUUCACUCAACCAUUUCAAAAUUGUUCAUUCUCAAUAGUGUGCUUGAAUUUUUUUACAAUUAAUCAAUGGAUUAAAGUGUCAAGUUACAAAUUAUGUAACCUCAUCCAAAAUAUUCUAUCAGAGAUCUUUGAAUUUUUUAAAACCCUUCCCAGUAUUCAUGUUAGAGUAUUUUAUAUUAUUAGUAUCAUUAUUUAUCAUUUUCUAUUCUAGGAUAGUAGAUGAAUUUGGCAAAUUGAUAGAUUAAUGAAAAUGAGGUGUUAUUUAAAAAUCCAAAUUUAUUGUAUUUGUAUUUUCAUAUUUCUCUCAUGUUUAUUCUUUGUGGAAAAAUUAGUUGUUCAUAAUUGAUAGGCUAUUUCCAACUUCAAUGUUUCAGAAUAACUCAUCAAGAAUUUUUCACGUCUUUAUUUGACAACAAUUGUCUACAUUAUUAAUUGCUUGAUUAAUUUCAAAGGUUAAUCUGAGUAAUAGAACCAAUAUUUAUUAAAUAUUGUAACCAAAUGCAUAUCUUUUGUCAUCUUGUCAUGAAUGAACCACAUAAUUUUUGAAGAAGAAAUAAUGGAGCCAUGUCAUUUUUUAUAAUGGAUUGAAAACGAGUCUAAUCUUCAACUUUGAGUUCGAUACUAGUCCGAUAUUUUAGUGGAAUUUUAUCAUAUUAAACAUAUUCCAUCAACUUCCGUGAUUAAGAGCUUCCCUCAGAUCUAGUCUUAUCCCAAACAGCUUUAUAGAGAUUAUUUUUCUAAGAAUAUGAAGAUGAUUAUUAUUAUUAUCAUAGUAUUUAUUAUCAUCGCUAGAAAUACCGCCAUCAUUACAAUGUAUUACUAUUGUAAAACUACUGGUAAAACAUUUCAGCUCCGUGAUAAUUAUUUUGUAAUGAUCUGUAGCAUAGUAUAGUAAGUUAAGGUUAUCUGAAAUCUUAUUUUUAAUAUUAUGUUAUUGUUAUAUUGAAGUCUAGUAAUUGUUGAUUAGACCUGAAUUAUUAUAUUGUAAAUGGAAAUAAUAUUUAUUUUAAAUACUUGGCUCAUGAUUCUAAUCUUUGUUUAAAGUAAAGUCCAAUGACAACUUGGAUUUACCAGAAAAAUAACUUAAUUUCAUUAUCCUAUCAUUCCGAUAAUAGAAUGAAUUUUUAUCAUCAAAUAUCUGGGAAAAUCAAAAGAGUAACUGGAACUCAAAGAUUUUGAUUUAAAUUUCUUAUUCACAAUUUGCAACAUUCUGAUAUUAAUGGAAAUGAGCAAGGUACCAAAAAUACAUUCUAGGUUCAUUUGGAAAUGAGUAAUAAUGAUCUACAUGUAAGUAAUAUACUACAAAAAGGAAAUCUUAUUCAUUCAUUCAAUUCUUAUAAAAUCCUAUGAAUAAUAUUCAUAUCAUUGACAAAUUUCAUCAUUCUAUGAUAACAUUUACAUUUGAAUAUCCUCAUAGAUAAAAUUCAUCAAUAAAUCAUGACAAGUGACCGUUCUAAUCAGAAAUUAGAAAACAGUUAUGCAAAUAGUAUAAAUACGGUAGUAAUUCAGCACUCUUGUUACUACAGGCAACUAUUUAUGUAUUCAAAACAAUUAUUUCUAUUACUACAAAAGAAAUGCAAUGAAAAUAAUAUUCAUCGAUAAUCAUUGCACUCGAGUCAGUACAUCGAUCUACCUAUAAAGGAGCGGUCAAAGUAGCCUAUCUUUUAAAACAAGUUGAGUCUUGGACAAAAUAACGGAGAUGCGUAAUUGUGCAAUUUUGUGACUUUUUCAUGCCAUCCCAAAAAAUAUAAUAUAUAUUAAUAUUCGAUAUUAAAAAUAUUUAAUUGAAUGUAUUCAAUGAUAUAACUCUGCAUCGACUGUGUUAUCAAACUGAAUGGUAUAUUCAAACUUGCAUGGAAAGGUCACAAAUUGGCAACGCGGAUAUCUUGCACAAAUCUCAACUUGUUUUAUUCAGAGUAUAGUUGAAGUGCCCAGUCAAUAAUGUUAUACUUCAUCCAUAAUGAAAAGGAAUUUACAUUGACUUCUUGGACCAGCUACUGUAACUUGUUUUCAUAUUUUGUUACUGUUACAUAUUUUGUCAUAUUUUAAUAACAGAAAUUGCCUAGCCCUGUUGCUCAUUUCCUCAUACCGUGCAUACUCUAAUUUGCAUCAUGAUAUGCCCCUAAUAAAUCAAGCAGUAGGCUGCACAGAGUAAGCUAGACUCGUGUAUUAUGCACAUGAAGGGUGCAAUUUAAGUGGUCUCCUUGUUAUGUGUUAUCGCAAUGUUGAUACUAAACAUGGUUCGAGCCAAUUACACGAUAAAGCCUGUUUCCUGGAAUGUCAUGGCCUUGACGCAGAUUUUUUCCACUUGAUACCAAUACUUUACUUAAAACUUGGAAGGUUAAAUUUUACCUUUGCUAUUAAAAGUCAGGCUGUGUUGUAGCUUGAAUCGUUCUAUUUAUGAAGUAAUUGAACGUUCAAAGUAGUGAUGCUUUUUUGCUCCCCCAGAGAGAAAACUUAUUAUUACUAGGCCAUAUAGUUUUAGGAAGAGGUUUCUCUGUAGUUGGAAAAGAGAAGGGCAGGAAAAAUGCCAGUGGUGUGCACUUGUUGUGGGAAGUGGCCUUCAGAAGAGCACCUGUCCGUUCCAGGAGCAAGAGUCUAGUCGAGUAGCUGAGGAAAGAUGAGUUCUCUUCUCUGGAAAAGCGCAUUUCCAUUAGGUUAUUGAGGUAGGGUUCCUUCCUUGCUUCCAUCACUUCCCUCACCAUUCAUGAGAUAAUGAUUACAUCUCCCCCAGACACUUCUGCACCCUUUUAUUUUUGUUCUCGAAAAUAAAUAUGUUAUGUACUUGAGAAUUUCUCCAACCGUAAAAAUGAAACUUAAUUGUCAAUAAAAUAAGAAGUCUCGUAUUUCCACUUACAAUAUUUUUAAUGUUGCAUAGUUGAAGAUUGCAGGGUGGAAGUUUUACUCUUUUGAUAUUAGAAGACAUUUACUUUGGAGAAUUAGUAAAUUAACCAUAACUAAAAUAGAAAUAAUGUUCUCUCACUAGCAAUAUCACUGACACAAAAAGUGCUCAAUGAACGUGUAGGUGAGAUGUAUGUUUUAGUACCCAGCUCUUGGACUUACAUCUGGAACAUCGAUUGUGGAAGAUAGAUUCAAGAGGAAAAGCUUUAUUUUGUCUCAUCUCUCUACAGAUCUGUCGAGACCUUUUGUUACCUCCUUUACACGUCCUCUCGUCUGAACGAGAUAGAUAUAAAAUGCAGUAUUUCAUAUAUACGAUAGAGCUUUACAUCCGGGCUGAGUAGUGUCACUGAUUCUGAAAGCUCGCAUUUUGUUUUUGAAGAGAACUCUACGUCUCCCCAAAGUACAAAACCUGUUCGUUCCGACACACAAGCGCGCAAACACUUUUUAAAGACUCACAUCAUAUUGUGAAGACAACUCGAAAUGCGACACACUCAUUCAAAAACAAGCAUUAUUGUAUCAACAGAAACUUCCAAUGUCAAUUAAAUGUUCAUUGUUGAAGGAAGUUGGAGAAAAUGAAGUUAGGAAAUUCCCAUGGAAUGAGAUAUGCAAAUGUCAAUCCAAGUGCUUGUAAUAAUUGUUACCUUCAAGUGGAGGGAUUCACAGGGAUGUUCAUACAUACAUUCUCCUGAAACCCUCAAGAGUAAUAGAAAACCCAUAGAAAAAUUCAAGAAGUCUAAAACUUUUUCUCCCCAAUGAAAAAUAAAGCAAACAUUAUUUACCGUACCAGACCUGGGUUUAAACUAGACUAAAAUUUAUUUUCUAUUCAAAUAUUUCAGAUAGACUUUGAAGUGUUUUAACGGGACGAGUACUUUCAAUUUGCUGCCAUGAAAUGGACAACAGCAAAAUUUAAUUGCAAAGUCCACGUGAAUUCAAUUAUUUUUUAAGGUGUAGCAUAUUGGAAUUUAGUAAUAACUAAUAGCUCUUUGAAAGCCUCAUUGAUACUUUUUUCAAUCAACUGAAACAUUAUUUCACCAUAUUUUUCUCACAACGGUGUGCAGUCAGAUUCCAUGAGUCGAUUAGCUGGAAUGAAAAACAGAGACCGGCAACAUUAAACAGAGACUACAUUCUAAAAAUGUUGAUGGUAUGUAGAUAUUUUUAAUAUAAUAGUAUUAUAGGAUAUCUUAGCUUUUUAACUCACACCAUACAUGUUAGGCCCAAUAUUAUUAUUGAAAAUAUGCUUUUUGAGCUUCAGUGAUAUCAUGGAUGGAUCAGUGAGGGGAAUCUUUUAGAGAAGAAAAAGAUUGGAUUCUUUUCCAUUUAUAACGGAGAUGACUUGUUCAAGUUAGUGACCAGUUUUCGUGGGAAAAAGGUGUCCGCGGUGAGCCCUUCACACAUAAUAGCUUUCUUCUAGAAAUCCUUCAAACUUCAUACGCUACCAUAGAAACUCGAUUCUCCGAAAUUUUCAUCAUGUUACUUCACUCCCAGUCGAAAAAUAUACGGUACCGUACAUUACAGAAGUUUCAGCAACCCCAGCUCUAUCAACUUUCACCAUCUUUUUGGAAGUGGUCAAGAAUGUUCACAGCCUUUUUUCAGCUAAUAGACAACAUUGUUAUCAUUUUACAUGAAGUGUAAGUUGAAUUAACAAAGAAUAUCAACAACUCCUUAAUCCAGAAUUAUUCAGUUAUGGUAUUAAAAUCAUCUUCUAUUUUCUAUUGGAGAUUUUAAUAGUAGAUAAUAAUCAAUAUGAUGAAGACUAUAAAAUCAUUAUAUUUGAAUACAAAUUAUAGAAUAAUCUUAUUUUCGAAUUAUUUGAUCAAUGUAUGAAGCUAUUCUCAUUCUAGUUACCAUAUUAUUGUUAAUACAGAGUUUAUCAAAUCAGUCUAAUAAUGUUAAUAUGAUAUAAGUUGAUUUUAAAUGUAUCAUAUCAAAGAAAAAGCGAGAUAAUUCUAAAUGACAUUAUAGUAUGAUAUAAAUAAUCCAACAUUUGUUGACCAUUUAGUAAGACAAAAUAAUUGUAAAUAUGAAUUAAAUUUACUUGAAAUUCAAUGUGGAACUGUUCUAUUCCCAUUUAUUAUGUGAAAUUAGACUGUAAAUAAGAAAAUUAUACUUGACUUUACAUACAGUCUUCAAUGAAAUGCAGAUACACGAGGAAACUCCGGGUAGAACAUAAGCCGCCAGGACCCAGCAGAAAUGUUAUGGGACUCAGUUUACUGUUUACUUUAGCACUGAGCUUUUAAAUCUUAAAAGUAUUCCCAAAUUGAAGUCAAUACAAAUAUAACCUGUAAAUAUGCUGCGAAUAAACUAUAAUCGGUCUCUAAACGAUUUUAUUUUCUGAGUUCUAUGAAGCUUAAACAUUGUAUAAGUACAUUUAAAUAAUAUACUUGUUUACUGAAUAACAAGUUAAGAAAUAAAUUGGAGAAAUAAAUAGGAAGAAUAUUUGCAUUCCACUACCCUUGGAAAAAACUCUUUCAAUAUUUUCUUUCAAACAGGGGUACACCCUCCCCUCCCACCUAGCCCAUGGACGCACGCCCCGUGAAAUUAGAAAAAAUUCAGCUGCUACACCUCGACCCUUUGAAUUGCAAACCGAAACCGAACAAAUGACGUCAAAAGUCAUUUUUACACUGCUGACCUUUUUACGGGACCACCCUAGGAUUUGCUUUUGAGCACCCCCCCCCCCACACUAUGAAUUUCAAGGACGCAGUCUGCCCUGACGUUCUUAUUCAAAGUUCGUGAAAUAAGUAAUUUUUGUUUUGAUAUUAUCAAAAGUUACAAGAACGAAUGGAAGUUACAAGACGUUCCAUUUCUAUCAUAGUGUAUGGUAUUCAAAUCCUGUAAAUUGUUCAAUGUGAAAAAUAUAUAUUUGGAAACGUUGAAUUCAAUCCAUUGAAGAUACAACAUGUAUAAAGGUGAUUUUCUGCUUAGAAAAUAAUUGGAAAUGUUGAAAUUUUAAAAAAAGAGAAAUAUUACAAUAAAGUGAAUCAUGGUUAUUUUUUAAAUAUAUCUAUCUGUAAGUAAUUUAGAUAAAAAGCAGUCAUGCAAGUGAACUUUUUCUUGAUAAAUAUGAUGAAACCUUACACCAUGUGUCUGUCUUCAAACAGUAAAGAUGUCUAUCAAAUAUUGGCAUUCUGUCAUUAAAAUAUGUGAAAGUAUGAUGUCUAAUGAAUAAACAAUAUGUAUAAUGAUAGACUGACAUAUUAGGAGGAAUUGAAAUUAUCUGUAUGUAUAGAAAAACAGCACUGAAAUGUAUAUAUUUAUAAUAAAUGUACGUGAAUCUAGACCAUGUCAAGUAAUCAUAUAGAUGUAUUUAUUAUAAAAUUAAAACGGGUAUUGUUGAUUAUUUGAAAUAAAAGUGACUAUUUAAUUUAAUGAUA